GGUGACGCGAUGACGCCGGGUGUACGUGCGCCGAGGCCGCUGGUGCCGGGCCGGGCUGGGCUGUGCCUGACGAGGAGGUUUCGCGGCCUGGUCGGUGGAGCAACAAGGUGGACCCCUCGAAGAAACAAUUGGCAAAGAAAACAAGCAAAAUGGCCAAGGUGCUCUGCACCAAAGCCAGGCUAGUUACCUACCUGCCAGAAUUCCAGGCAUUGGUUAGAAGGAUUGCAACCAUUAGAACGUUUUCCACAGCAGGCUCUUCAGGGUCUGAUGAACCUGCUGUUGCAAUUGUAUCCCUCGAUCAAGGUUUGCAGACUGUAUGGCCUGAUGAAAAGAUGGGACCAUUUGGGCCUCAAGAUCAACGAUUUCAACUGCCGGGUAACAUAGGCUUUGACUCCCACAUUAACGGAGUUGCUCACCUGAAGAGAAUCUCAGUCCGCAGAUCGCUACCAGAUGUUCUAACAGAGCCAUUAUCCAGUGAAAAGCACGAGUUCAUCCUCGCACAGUUUGUGAAUGAAUUUCAGGGAAAUGAAGCAGAACCUCAACCACAACACAUCACUCUUGCAGAAAGUUACUUUGAGAAUGCAAAGGUGGAAUGUGUCAUACAAACCUGCCCUGAGCUUCUGCGCAAAGAUUUUCAGUCAAUGUUUCCUGAGGCUCCAGUUGCUGGAUUUACUGUCCUUACUGUAACGCAAAGGAGUAUAAAUGAUAUGACUAUAUGGAAUGAAUCAGUUGAGGAGGAACGUGAUCAGCUACUUGAAAAAUUUAUUAAUGGUGCCAAGGAAAUCUGCUAUGCACUACGCUCAGAGGGAUACUGGGCUGAUUUUAUUGAUCCAUCUUCAGGCCUUGCUUAUUUUGGACCGUACACAAAUAAUACACUAUUCGAAACGGAUGAGCGCUAUCAGCAUCUAGGUUUUCACAUUGAUGAUCUUGGCUGUUGUAAAGUUAUUCAUCAUGUGCUCUGGGGAACACAUGUGUUUGUUGGAAGCCUUUUCACAAGCGCACCCACAGAUUGCCUGGUAAUGAAGAAACUGCAAGGAAGCAAACAGCCUUGAUUUUAACCACAAUUUUGCUAUUCACAAGAAACCAAAAGACAAGUUUAAAAACUAUUUUAAUAAUGCAUUUUGAGUGCUUAUGUACUUGAACAGGAAAAUUAUAAGAUGUUAAAUAUAUGUUCUAUUUAUUUAUAGUGUACAUUUACUGACAUUGUAAAAGAUUGUGAUCAUGAGAAAUGUCUUUGGGAUAUGCACACUUACAUUCUAUAUAAAGAAAAUAUCGCAAAAGAA